GGAUGGGGUCGGUCGGAUGAUGAGAAACGAGACAUUCCAGGAGAUGGCCAAAGAGCCUUGUCAUCUGGACACGGUACAUAGCGGUGAACACUGAUGAAUCGUUACUCGUGUUACCGUUCCACACGAUUAAUGUGAGGCCAACCGAGUACUUAAAAGGGGCUCAAAAAGUAUGGCAUAGCCUUAAUGGUGUCGUCACAAUUUAUUCCAGGCUCCGGUCCAAAGACUUCCAUUAAUCUGUGUCAAAACAAGGACUUUUUGUACUAAUUCUAAGAAAGUGAGGCCGCGAGCGGACUGGAUCUGAGAAGUUUGCGAUCCGUCGCUUUCGCUUUUGCCUUUCGUCCCCUUGGCUGAGUGGUAACCGGGAUACAGCUUGGCGAUUUGAAUGGACACGCGAUGAAAGCUAUAAACGCCUUACUUUUCAUUUUAACAAUUCAACAAGGUUAUGACGCCCAGAUUAUCCGGGUAUCUUCAGACCCAGUCAGAGCAUUUGAAGGGUCUGAUGCCGUGUUUCAGUGGGUUCUAAGUAAAGAUUUAACAUCUCGGCCUGAUUUUCAAGGACUGGUCUUUGGACUUUGGAAGAACGGUUACCUAGCAACCUACUUAACUACAGUGACAAAGGCGAGGCGUAUCAUUUUAAACCCAGGCCUAAAGGACGAGGCACCGCAUUUAGAAGGCCGCGUGCAAUGGAGAGGAGACUUAUCAAAGUCCCUUGCAGCUUUCCAAAUUUCCCAAGUUAAUGCAAAAGAUCAAAUGGAUUAUGGGCUUGUUUUAAACUUUGGUCCAUACAGAAAUUCACUAUCGGAUUCCGUUCGACUAGAGGUGAAAGGUAAGAGAAGAAAAAAUGGAAACAUUUUCACUCUGAAUAAAUAUUAUUUUCCGGGUAAGACUUGAAUUACUACGAAUGAUAGCAAAAGGAAACGUUUACAAGCGUUUCUUGGUACGUUCUGAAUAUUAUACGCCAUUCACACCAACUAAACUAUUCAAACUAAAUCAUGUUUAGGUUUUUCCAAUUUGU